AUGCCAGAGGGGGCCCCAGGUGUGCCUGAGGAAGCCCUGGGCAUGACAGAGGGAAACACAGGUAUGACUGAGGGAGCUCCAGAUAUGUCAGAGGGAGCCCCGGGUGUACUAGAGAGAGUUCCGGAUGAGAUGACUGCCGUGCCACCACCAGCAUCUAGUGGUAUGGAGAUCUUGGAACUCGCUCAGAAGCUCUCGGAGUGUACCACGAAGAUCGGCAAAGUGAUUGAGGAUCUGGGUCUUACCUUUGAUGAAUUCAACAAUGGAAGAUUGGAGUUGCAAAAGGGAUUUCAAGAGCUCAGUACACAGAUCAAAGGUACCAACCAUUGUAUCACCACGAUGACAGCAGGAGUGGCAUUUCAAGCUGGAGAAGUCACCAAGCUUCUCAAAGCCUUUGAUCGGUGGGCUAACACGAGUCGUUGGGCUCUGGCUGGAAGCCAGACGGUGGAGACCAACAUCCAAGGAGUCCAAGGAGAGGUUGAAAAGCAAGCAAAGAAGCUGGAAGCCAGUAUGAAUAGUGGCUUCGAAAGCCUUAGUGGACAUAUCCAGGAAUUGGUGAAGCUGUUGAGGGAGCAACCUCAGGGUAUGGCAAUCCCAGGUGCAAUUCCAGUGUCAGAGGGUGCGACAGAAACUGAGACGCCCCUUACGCCGGGAGCAAUUGGUGCACCAGCAGUUGGCGCUCCAGUGAUGGGGACUCCUGGAAGCACUGGACGUGCUGGAUCUACCAGUUCAGGAGGAGUGCCAUUGCCAGGUACGGGAUCCAUCAGUUCCGGGGGGUUGCCAUUGCCUGGAUCGGAGUUUCAAUACAAGAAGGCUACAAAGUUGGAUCGCCCAAAGAGUAAGAUGGCUGCUGCAAAGGCUGAUGCUGCCAACUUGGGUCCUGAGAAUUCCACAGUGUUGGAUAGCACUGGUGCCGGCAUGGGAGAUGUUGCUGGUCCUCCGGCAGGUGCUGAAGUGGGUGAUGGAACCGUACCUUUGGCAGAUGGAUCUGUGCCACCAGGAGGAACAAUGCCAGAAGGAACUCCAGGAGACGUGAAUGCUCCGUUUCCACCGGUUCCUCCAGUGAUCACCCCACCUGGUGAUGUGAACGCGGCUGAAGUCUUGGCUGUGAGUACGGAAUUGGCUCGGAAGAUCUCAGAGUGUUCCAACAGGCUUGCAAAUGUAAGUGAAGAGCUUGCCAUCACCAUGGAGCAUUUCACCCAAGGAAGAGUGGAAAUGAAGAAAGGAUUUGAAGAAUUGAGUGUCCAGAUUCAGAAUCAAGCGACCUGCAUAACAACGAUGACAUCAGGAGUGUCGUUUCAGGCCGGAGAAACGACCAAGCUUCUCAAAGCUUUCGACUGGUGGGCUGCCACUGGUCGUUGGGCUCUAACUGGCAACCAGUCAGUGGAAGCCAACAUACAGGGAGUCCAAAGUGAAGUAGAGAAGCAAACAAAGAAGUUGGAGACCAACCUCAGUCGUGGCUUUGAUAGCAUUGGAAGGCAUCUUCGAGAGAUGGUGAAACUCCUAGAGGAACGAGCUCAGAAUGCUGCAGCUCCAGAUGCCGUGGGAGAUGCAGGAACUCCUCUCACACCAGGAACGGUCAGUGCCCCUGGAACUACUGGGCCUGCUGGGACUGCAAAUCCGGGAGGAUCAACAUCACCCGGACCUGCCCCUGCCCCAGCAGUUCCACCACCUCCGGCAGAGCCAGUGUCACUCUUUAUGGCGUUCUGUCCGGAACAGCCGAACGGGCCGAGACCAAAUACUCCCCUUCCGAUCACAAAACCGUGCCAGCGUGUGGGCAUCGUUACCAGAGAUGCGGGAACGGGUGUACAGAGGACAUUGUCACCGACGGCAUACCGUCCUGAACAAACCAGCGGAAUCACCAGUAUCUGGGCGCCCCAGGGAUUGGGGAUGAUUCGUGAUGGGAACUCUCAGUUCAGGAGGAUUUACUGA